UAAGGAUCCACCCUCUCCCCCCUCCCCACCCUGCAAGGGGGGUGUGGGGGUGGGGCAAAGGAGCAGCACAAGGGCUUUUUAGUGUAACUGAGCAUUAGAGAAAUACGCACGGCUUCUAUGUGAAUUUAGGAGUUUGAAACUUUUGGAGGUUAUUUAUGUGAAUGGCCCGAAGGCAAGCCCGUGAGUGGCUCUUGGGGGACCACGUGAUGUCAUUAAACCAAGUUUUAUGGUGUAGGGAGAGCUGACAAACCCACAAUAUAUUUACAUCAUAUAUAAUCUUAACUGUCCAGCCACGCAGCUGCUGGUGAGGUUUAAUGCUAGGACAGAGGGCCUGGCAGUUAGAGGGGAUUACGGCGCUGGGGAUGAUGGUGAGAGUUACAUCUUCGCAAAUGAAUCCCAGGCGAACGCUCGGGGGCUCAACCCCCAGACUUCCAGAAAUGACGUCAGAAUCAUUUGCAUCCCGCUGCCUCUACCUGCCCGGUCCAGCUGGGACCCUGCCUCGCCGGCCCCAUGGCCAGAGGGUUGGGUGAGUGUGUACGGGGGAAGGGGGCUGGACUCUGGUAUCCUUGGAUGGGGGGCACCCCAGGCUCUCCAGCCUCCUGGGCUUAGCCUGGGCCCCUCCCCAUCCAACCUCCACUCCAGUCCUCCUCAUUCAACUUCCUCUUCCUGCAAAAGAGGGGCGCUGCCCGGUGACCUACACAGACUGAGACAGGAUCGCCAUGAAUGGAGACCUCUGGAAAAGCUCAGGAGCCGAGGCCCAGGGGGCCCACCGGAGGCCCAAGGGGAGACCAUGGGAGGGGGCUGAAUCACAGCCUCCCGACAGCCCCCCAGUGCCCAGGCUUUGGAAGGGAGCUGGGGGCUUCCCAUCCCCUUUUGCAGGGGAGGGCUGUCAGUCGGCGGCGUGCGCACUGGGGGCACCUCAGCCCCCGCCAGCUAACCCCACAUCACCACCACCACCACCCCCAGCACCACCACCACCACCACCACACACAAAAAAAAUUGGAUACAUUUUGAAUAAAGCGAUUCGGUUCCUUAUCCGGGGACUGGGUUGCUCCGUGUGAUUGGCCGGCGGAGUCACAUGGUGAAAGUAACUUUACAGGGUCGCUAGCUAGUAGGAGGGCUUUAUGGAGCAGAAAAACGACAAAGCGAGAAAAAUUAUUUUCCACUCCAGAAAUUAAUGAUCAUGAGCUCGUAUUUGAUGGACUCUAACUACAUCGAUCCGAAAUUUCCUCCAUGCGAAGAAUAUUCGCAAAAUAGCUACAUCCCUGAACACAGUCCGGAAUAUUACGGCCGGACCAGGGAAUCGGGAUUCCAGCAUCACCACCAGGAGCUGUACCCACCACCGCCUCCGCGCCCUAGCUACCCCGAGCGCCAGUAUAGCUGCACCAGUCUCCAGGGGCCGGGCAAUUCGCGAGGCCACGGGCCGGCCCAGGCGGGCCACCACCACCCCGAGAAAUCACAGCCGCUCUGCGAGCCGGCGCCUCUCUCAGGCGCCUCCGCCUCCCCGUCCCCAGCCCCGCCAGCCUGCAGCCAGCCAGCCCCUGACCAUCCCUCCAGCGCCGCCAGCAAGCAACCCAUAGUCUACCCAUGGAUGAAAAAAAUCCACGUUAGCACGGUGAACCCCAAUUAUAACGGAGGGGAACCCAAGCGCUCGAGGACAGCCUACACCCGGCAGCAAGUCCUGGAAUUAGAGAAAGAGUUUCAUUACAAUCGCUACCUGACCCGAAGGAGAAGGAUCGAGAUCGCCCACUCGCUGUGCCUCUCUGAGAGGCAGAUCAAAAUCUGGUUCCAAAACCGUCGCAUGAAAUGGAAGAAGGACCACCGACUCCCCAACACCAAAGUCAGGUCAGCGCCCCCGGCCGGCGCUGCGCCCAGCACCCUCUCGGCAGCCACCCCGGGCACUUCUGAAGACCACUCCCAGAGCGCCACGCCGCCGGAGCAGCAACGGGCAGAGGACAUUACCAGGUUAUAAAACAUAACUCACACCCUGCCCCCACCCCAUGCCCCCAUCCUCCCCUCACACACAAAUUGACUCUUAUUUAUAGAAUUUAAUAUAUAUAUAUUUUUUGGUUCUUUUCUCUCUUCCUCCCACCUUAUCCCUUGUCAAUUCCAAACUGACAAAACAGAUAAGCCCUCUGCCCUUCUCUCCCUUCCACUGUUAAGGACCCUUUUAAGCAUGUGAUGUUGUCUUAGCAUGGUACCUGCUGGGUUUUUUUUUUUUUUAAGGCCAUUUUGGGGGGUUAUUUAUUUUUUAAGGAAGAAAGCUGCAAAAAUUAUAUAUUGCAAGGUGCGAUGGUCUGGUUUGGGUGAAUUUCAGGGGAAAUGAGGAACAGAAAAAAAGGAAAGAGAGAUUUUUAAGCCAAUUCUCCUCCUUCUCCUCCUCCUCCUUCCCCCCUCUUUCCUUAGGCCUUUUGCAUUGAAAAUGCACCAGGGGAGGUUAGUGAGGGGGAAGUCAUUUUAAGGAGAACAAAGCUAUGAAGUUCUUUUGUAUUAUUGUUGGGGGGGGGCUGGGAGGAGAGGGGGGAAGACAGCAGACAAAGCUAAAUGCAUCUGAAGAGCCUCUCAGAGCUGUUCAGUUUGAGGAGCCAAAAGAAAAUAAAAAUGAACUUUCAGUUCAGAGAGGCAGUCUAUAGGUAGAACCCCCCCCCCUCACCAUCGUGGUUAUUGUGUUUUUGGACUGAAUUUACUUGAUUAUUGUAAAACUUGCAAUAAAGAAUUUUAGUGUCGAUGUGAAAUGCCCCGUGAUCAAUAAUAAACCAGUGGAUGUGAAUUAGUUUUA